GGCAGCAAGGAUUCAAUACUAUCUUCAACUUUACUUCUAGCAUGACGUGUGUUCCUGAGAAAUCCUGUAUUCAGGGUGAAUUAAGGUCUUACAUGAUGUGCACCCCUCCCUGGCAUCACCACCUCCGCACACCCUCCAAGAUCUCCAACUGCCCCACCACCCACUUCAACUCGUCUUGCCUCCGCAUAAGCUCUCCAUGCCUCGCUUUACGCUCUUCAAGCAACUCUCCUAAAUCGUUCAGCGUCUCCUGAUCCACCAUCUCGCCCGGAAGACAUAUUAUCUCCCACCGACUCCAUGCGCAUCCCGGCCAUCAGCGACCAUAAGUCUCUGGCGCAGGGCAUUAUACCGCGCUGCCUCCUCCACGUGAAAUGUCUUGACCAAAUCAAGACGCGCCUGCUUUCUCGCAAUGGCGGCCUUGGGUUGCUGGAGCUGGGAAGGUGCGGCGUCGAGGUUGAGCGCGUCGAGGUCGCUGCGCAACGCGGUAAUGAUGCGAGUCUCGAUAUCUUGGAAGGCUUGCUGCGCAUGUUGCACGGCCUGCUGUGCCAAGGAAAACUUCAGUCGGAGGUCGUCGAUCAGCUUGUCGAGUUCGGCGGCGCGCUGCAUAAAGUCAUCGGCUAGACGCUGUGUGUCUUUGUCGAGCUGUGUUAUGUCCGGCACCGUCGUGUUGACGGGGUGGCUCACGGGGAUGUCUCUGGGUGUGCGGUAUUGGCCGAGUCGAUCGACAGGGCUGACGGAUUGUUCGGCGAGCGCGACGAAUGGCGCCGAGCUGGGGGUGUCGAACCGUGGGAACGUGGUGGGUUCUGAACGGGGCAUGGGCGUGGGCGUGGUGGGGAAGACGGCCGGGGUAGAGGGCAGUUCUUGCAACAGCCCACCUCGACGAAGCUCCACACAAUCGAAUGGGCGGUUGCUGGGCGACUGGCGUCAUACUCGCUUGGCAGGCCGGCGACUGGGAGUGAGAAAGUCGUCGUCGAUGUCAUCGUCGGGCAGCUGCACGCCUUGGUCGCCGCGUGCAGUUUCCACGUCAGGCGGCUCGUUUUGGAUGUGCUCGUCGAUUCUCCAAACACCUCGCUGAAGGUCGUCAUUCUGUGGCUCUUCGUCCAACUCCUCGUCAGACUCGCCCUCCAACAACUCGAGGUUGAGAUGGCCGCUCUGGCGCAGCUCCUCGAUGGCAGCAAUGUCGACGGGCUAAAGCACACGUGACCGACCCGGGCUAGCAACCUCGCGCAGUCUCUAGCCG